GAUUGCAUGACAACACACCAAGCAGGCAGGCAGGCGUACCAGGCUAACGUUGCCUGAUCAGCAGUUACACAUAUAGUCAGUCGAAUCGAGGCAGUAUAGUUUAGCAGGAGCUCGAGAGGGUCAGAUCAUGGAGUUCGUCGGGAGUUGGAGGAAGGUGAUGCCUUACAUGGCCAUGGUCUUCCUCCAGUUCGGCUACGCCGGGCUCUUCCUCCUCUCCGUCGCGUCGCUGCGCCAGGGCAUGAGCCACUACGUCCUCGUCGUCUACCGGAACGCCAUCGCCGCCGCUGCCAUGGCUCCGUUCGCGCUAUGGUUUGAGAGGAAAACAAGGCGCAAAAUGACUCUCUCCCUGUUCUACAAGAUCGUCGCUCUGGCACUACUCGAGCCAGUCCUUGACCAGAACUUCUUCUACAUAGGAGCCCGUAACACGUCGGCGAGCUUCUCUUCAGCGCUCACCAACGUAUUGCCUGCCGUAACAUUUGUAAAUGCCAUCCUCAUCAGGAUGGAGAGAAUAAACAUCAAGGAGCGGCGGAGCCAGGCGAAGAUCGCCGGCACAGUGAUCACAGUCGGCGGAGCGCUGCUCAUGGUACUUUUCCGCGGCCCUGUCCUCAACUUCCCAUGGACCAAGCACGCCGGAAGCCACGCCGUCACCGACACGGCCAGCCACAGCAGCGGUUGCUGGCUCCUGGGCAUCUUCAUGAUCCUGUUGAGCUCCUUCUGCUGGUCCGUCUUCUUCAUUCUCCAGUCACACACGUUGAGAAGUUACCCGUCAGAGCUCUCCCUGACCACGAUGAUAUGCGUCAUGGGCGUCGUGCAGAGCGGCGUGGUUGCGCUGGUAAUGGAGCGUGACACCAAGGCUUGGGCAAUCGGAUUCGACAUGAGGCUCUUGACGGCCGCCUACUCCGGUGUAAUGUGUUCUGGGGUUGCUUAUUAUUUGCAAGGGAUAGUUAUCCAAGAACGGGGGCCAGUGUUUGUCACUGCCUUUUGCCCUCUCUGCAUGAUCAUAGUGACUGUGCUAGGCUCCUUCAUUCUUUCCGAGGUGAUUACAUUGGGAAGGAUCACUGGUGCGAUGAUUAUUGUUGUUGGUCUCUAUGCUCUCAUCUGGGGCAAGAGCAAUGACCAUAUGAAUCAAGUUGAGCGCGAUGACAAUUUUGAAAAGCACAACUCUUUUGAGCUACCGUUUACUACCACCACCAUUACCAAAGCAAGCAACCUUGAUCACAUUUGACAAUCACCGUGGCUGCAUGCAGCAAGGAAAGCUCGAUGCAAAAUCAACUUACAAAGUGAUGACUUGGGCUCAUCGAUCUUCAGAUGUUUCCUUGGACUAGUAAAUGCGUACGUGCAAUGCACGUUGACAUUAGAUAGUAUAUUAAUGGCAUGAUGAUAUUAGGUAGGAUAUUAUUUGCGUGUUAAUUACAUGAUUAACAUGGCAUCAAUAUUUGGUAUGAUAUGAGCUACACACUAAACGUGUUGAGCGCUCACCAUUGAAGCAAUCUGAGUCAUUAGAUUGAUCUGGUUUGAUGGCUGGGAUUUGUUGGAUCUGUCCUUUUGGGUCUUUUUAUAUUGACGAUAUAGAUAUAGAUACAUUUCUGUCUCAUUAUUGUACUAUAAGAUGUAAAUUUAGGCUGAGAUUCUCAUAUUCAUGGAACUGUCAAAUAAAGCAUAUGUUUUGUUGA